AUGGCAAGUGUGGCGGUUCAGAACCAUGAGACACCCCUGGACCUGGUGUCCAGGAACUUGAAGAGCGAGAGGGCAGACUCGAGAUGUGGAGCGCUACGCGAGCUUGGCAGAAUGAGCAAGCGGAUGUCGAAAAGAGACAUUGAGCAAUCCUUGGUUCCCAUGCUGAGUGACUCCGAUUCCUCCGUUCAAGAGCAUGCCCUAGUGGCCUUGAGUCAGUUGCAUGGCAGAGCGCUUGACUAUGCACCUCUUGUGGCCACGAAGCUUGAGCAGAGUCGUGCGAAGGAGGUCAAGAGGGCCGCUUUGUUAGCGCUGGGUUCGAUGGGACCACUUGCAGUCUCUCACGCCCAGUCAGUCCAACCAUUCUUGGCCAAUCAAGACCUUGACCUUGUUGUCGACGCCUGUUCUGCACUCGGAAAAAUGCGGGCUGCCAACUUUGCAGAUGCUGUCAGCUCGAAGCUUUCGAGCUCUGACACGGACGUAGUCUUUGCCGCCUGCAUGAGCUUAGCAGAGAUGGAUUCCCACCUACAAGAUGUCGGCAAGCUGCUGAAGCACUCCGACGCUCGUGUUCGAUCCGCUGCUGUCAAUGCAGUGAAGAGCAUGACUGGGGCCGAGAGCUUCUCCUCUGAGAUUGUGCCGCUCCUGUCGGACUCAGACAGCUACGUCCGCCUUGGAGCUGCCGACUAUGCUUGUAGACUUGGCCCCAAGGUGGCAGACCUAGCAGGGCCGGCUGGCAAGCUUCUUUCAGAUCCAAGCCCUGGAGUGGUGGCGGCCGCCGCAGCUGCUUUGGGCGGCAUCGGAGAAAGCGCUGCAUCUCAGAUUCCAGCCUUAGAGCAAGCACUCCGCAAUGAUGGCGAGGACUCCUCGACAUUGCCCUUGACCGUGGCGGGUGUGUCGCCGAAGUUGGCUGCUUUGCUUCGCAAGCCAGCUUGUGCUGCAGCUGCAGCUCUCGCCAACAUGGGCAGUGCUGGCGCCACUUCUGCAGCAAGACUAGUCGAGUGCCUGAAUGCCAAAGACUGGGAAGUACGAGUGGCAGCCCUGCACGCGCUGAGCAGAAUGCCGGCGGCAAGUGCACGAUACGAGUACCACAUUUCAGAUAUGCUUCGGGAUGAGGCACCACCAGUAGCAGCUGCUGCCUGUCUGGCUGUUGGCGAGAUCGCCGCUGCGACAGGAGAGGCCAACAACUCGACUGCUAGGGCGGUGUCGGAGCUCAUGGAGCAUCCCCACCCCACUGUGCGAGCUCGAGCAGUCCAAGGGCUUGGCAUGAUGGGAGAUGAGGCCCACGCCCACGUGGAGACCUUUGUGGCUUUGUUCGGGGACCGGGCCUGGAAUGUGCAGGCUGAAGCCAUUCGCGCUGUGGCCAAGUGUGGCGAGAUCGGACAAAUGUUUGCUCCAGAUGUUUGCCGCAUGACCUACCAGGGAAGUUCUCCAGCUGUGCAGGUGGCAGCUUGCGAAGCACUUGCUCGGAUGGGACAUCGUGGUGCCUGUUUCAAGGAGGAGGUGCAAGCCCUGGAGGACGACAUGUCUGAAGAAGUUCGAGAUGCAGCCAGAAAGGCUCUUAAAUUCUUCGAGCACAGUGAAAAAUCUGCCUUGGCAGACGGAGCUCGUCCAGCUCUUACCGAAGAGCCCGAGCCAGACGAGUGA